GCGCGACAGGUGCGCCCCAGACAAGUACUACCACCACACCACUAGCGAGCGAGUUAAUUGCAUCAUCUAGGAGUGGUAGUAGUAGCUAGCUGAAGGGUACAGCAGCAGCAGCUUGGUUUGGUUUGGUUUGCUUGCCUGUGCUGUGCGUGCUGCGGCGCGUCAAAAAUUAGCAGCUUGCCAAGAACACCCCCAAGAAAUCCAAAAGGAAGGGAAAAAAGGAUAGGUGGUGUUUGCUGAGCCGACAACCAUGGACUUCGACGAGCACGAUGAAGGUGACGGCGACGAGGAGAUGCCUCCGAUGCCGCUCAGCUCGGGCUACGAGGCGCCGAUGCAGCCCGGGCUCGGAGGUGGCGGGGUGCCCAAGCCGGGAGACUCCGGUGGCCGUUUCGGGACGACGCCUGGAGGAGGUGGUGGUGGUGGUGGAGGAGGAGGUGGGGCGAGGUAUCGGGAGUGUCUCAAGAACCACGCCGUCGGGAUCGGUGGGCAUGCCGUGGACGGCUGUGGCGAGUUCAUGGCUGCUGGCGAGGAGGGCUCCAUCGACGCGCUCCGCUGCGCUGCCUGCGGCUGCCACCGUAACUUCCACCGCAAGGAGUCGGACUCCCCCACCGGCGUUGGCCCGGCCGAGCCGUCGGCGGUGUCCCCCGCGGCCAUCUCAGCGUACGGCGCCUCGCCGCACCACCAGUUCUCCCCCUACUACCGCACGCCGGCAGGGUACCUCCACCACCAGCAGCAACAGAUGGCCGCGGCGGCCGCCGCCGCCGCAGCGGGCUACCCGCAGCGCCCUCUCGCGCUUCCCUCCACCUCCCACUCUGGACGCGACGAGGGCGACGACAUGUCCGGGAUGGUCGGGCCCAUGGUGAUUGGCCCCAUGGUCGGCAUGUCCCUCGGCUCGGCUGGCCCGUCCGGCUCCGGCAAGAAGCGGUUCCGCACCAAGUUCACGCAGGAGCAGAAGGACAAGAUGCUCGCCUUCGCGGAGCGGCUCGGGUGGCGCAUCCAGAAGCACGACGAGGCCGCCGUGCAGCAGUUCUGCGAGGAGGUCUGCGUCAAGCGCCACGUCCUCAAGGUGUGGAUGCACAACAACAAGCACACCCUGGGGAAGAAGCCAUAGCUAAGCAAAGCUCGCUGGAGCUCAUCUCCCGGUGCUAGGUACCUGCACUGCACUGCAUGCAACACCAUUGAUCUAUCUACUUAGCGGCUCAUUAGCCUUUUCUUUGCCUUCUUUUACCUCACCUGAUCGGUAGUAGCUUAGCUAGGAUCAUAGCGAGCAGCUGUUCUUGUUGGUUUUAGGGGAGGGAGAGCAUCAGCAGGUGCUGCUUUAGCUUCUUUCCUGGUUUCUUUCUCCUUAUUUUAUUCCAUUGUGGUUGGUUCUUCUGGGUUUGUGUUGCCGUCGUUGUUGUUUCCCAGUAGAUGACGACGACGACGACGACGUUGGUGUUUGGAAGGAAGAGGACAUGGAUGGCGAUUUGCCGAUCGAUUUAAGAUCUUGGGAAUGUACUUUUGU